UUUCAACUCCCACAAUGCUUAGGUAAACAAUAAUCGCUUAAGUCACGUGUUCGAUUUCGGUCUCGACAUCUUUGCCUGUCGCUUUGUCGUUCAUCUAUUAUCUUUGACUUUGCGACUUUCAACGACGCCCGAAAUGUCCACAAAAGAGAAGUAUAUAUGGAGUUCAAGGGAAAUUGAAGUGUUUAUAUCGCUAUGGGAGAAUGAAGACGUUCUGUACAAUACUCAAUGCAUCGAUUAUUUCAAACGCGAUAAACGAAUCGAGGCUUUGGAGCGAAUAAGCGACACGCUUAAAAUAUCGAUUCCAGAAAUAAGAAAGAAAAUGACCAACUUGCGCACAUAUUAUGCCAAAGAGUUAUGGAAAGUCAAAAAGACUGAAAAUGAAGGUGAUGCAUCCAAAGUGUACACAUCAAGAUGGGUGUUCUUCAAGCCUUUAGACUUUCUACGUGACAACUGUAAUCCAAGACAUAAAGGAGAAGACAAUGAAAGCUUGCAAGUGUACRCUACUGAAGAAGAUGCUAAUGACAGCAAUGAUCACUGGGAUGAUUCAAAUCUAUUAGCUUCCUUAGCAACAGCAGUGAAUGGUGAUAAGGAUGAUUCAAARGAGAAUAUUGUUGAAGAGGAAUUAGUAGAGGAUUCAUUAUCAAAUGAACAUGGGAAUCUUUCAGGGACAUCGSCCAUUUCAAUGGUACAGAUUAAUACUCAUGAAAGUCCUAAAGCUCCUGAUCGUACUUGUAAURCACGGAAAAGGACAGGCGAGGACUUAGAGAGUGUAAUUGCGAAGUUACGGAGAACUAAACCAGAAACAAAAGCACAAAAUAAGAGYACUUUGGGACAUAGAAUUGAUCUUACAUCUAAUAAUCCAGAUAUGGUUUUUGCUCACCAUGUUGGACUUACAUUGAUGAACAUCGGAGACAAUAAAGUAAAGGACCUAGCAAAGUUGAAGAUUCAACAAGUUCUUUUUGAAACACAGUAUGGACAUGAGGCAAUGCAAUCYGUAGAAGUUCAAGCUUAUCCAAUCACAAACUAAUUGAAAUCCACCCUAUGUAAAUUUACUUUGUUUGAACAAUUAUUAGGAUUUCGGAUGCUUCAAAAUUUCCACGAAUUUAAUAAUUGACAAUGUUGAUGAAAUAUUUUUUUACUGAGGAACAUUUCAACGUUAACUAAACUGUAUUUAUCAACUGAUCAAGUUGCUCCAUAAAAUUUGAUUUGUUUCCAUAGCAACCAAAUGUUAUAUAAGGAAUUUACCACGUUAUUUAUCCCAUUUUGAGGGAAGGAGACUUGAAAGUCUAUUCCGUCAUAAUUGAUUGUAUUAUUGUGUUAAGGGAUUUAAUGAAAAUAUGUUAAUAAAGUAUUGAUUUUUUUUUUAAAUGUUUGAAUAAAAAAAUAUAUGUUGACAGCUCAAUUAUUGAGUGCUUUUCACCACAACUGCUAUAAAUUUAUCUUUAYAUUAAUGUUUAAUAAAAAGAGACCAAAAUA